AUGGGAUUGUGGGCAGUUUUGUGGGGAAAUCUGGAGUCGAUGCAAGUGAAAUGUAUCGCGAAAUACGGUGAGCAGUUCUGCAGCAGUAUGUUGUCGGUGUGCUCGUCGAUGCUGUCGAUUCCGUGGAAGAACGAUUCGGUGCAGAGAUUACCGCCUGGCAUUGUGGGGUGUGCGCAGACGACCGAUCCGGUGGUGCAAUGCCGUGCCAAAUACUCGGAGUCGUUCUGCAAUCGGCUUGGCGCGGCGUGUUCGAAGGUGACAGGCACGGACAUCCCGGCGUUCUCACGCGGUGGUGGAGAGUAUCGACUGCCCGAGGCAAUCUCACAGUGCAUAGCGCAAGAGAAUAUCGUAGCGAUGUGCUACGCAUCAAAAUGCUCACAGCAGUGUGACGGAUGGCGUGUGACGUGCAAUAUCAACGGUGGGAUGGCGCAAUUGACACCUGAGCAAGUGACGUGCUUCGAGAAACGUUAG